GUGACAUUAGUGUUUUACAAUUGCCAACAGACUCAGUAUUUGUAUCUGGCUUUCAAAAAUUGCUUUCGUUUUAAAAAUUUUAAGUUUACAAAAUGUCCGAAAAGCGGAAGCUCCUCCAGCGGUACAUGCGCAACCUGAACAACCUCCAGGAUGAGCUCAAGCGGAAAGAGCUGGAGAACAAGAUGAGGGAGCUGGAAAUGUUGCAGGUUAAGCUAGCUCGUCGCCAGGAGCAGUCUGGCACCGAAUGCGCUGGCGGCAAGAUCAAGGAAUUGCGCCAGAAAAAGCUUCGAAAGGUACUGGGAAAAUAUAUGAUGACCUUGGAGGGAUUCCUUUGCGAGCUAGCCCGCAGGGAGGCGCGUCUAAAUGGCGACAAGGGUCGCGCUAGUGAAUCCGAGAACCUGCCACAUCCGCAGAUGUUGGAGGAGUACACAGUAGCGUUCUGUGCUGUCGGUGAGGAUGGUCGGGAGCUGUUAGAGGCGGCUCUUUCUGCCCGUCGGUGUGCCUAUGCACCAUACAGCAAAUUCAAAGUAGGAGCAGCCUUCCGUGCAAAGUGUGGCAGGAUCUACACGGGCUGCAAUAUCGAGAACGUGGCCUUCACUCCAGGUAAUUGUGCGGAGCGUUGUGCCCUGGCCAAGGGAAUAAGCGAGGGCGAGAAGAAGUACACGGCGGGUGCUGUGGUGGCCUAUCACCCAGAUGGCUUUACCACACCCUGUGGUGUCUGCCGGCAGUUCAUACUGGAGUUCGUCCAACGAGACAUUCCCAUCUAUAUUGCCAAGGCUCCGCCGCCGGAGCAGGAGGAUUGCAUUCCCUCGAUUCAGGACGAGGAUGAAGUACUGGUCACGUCCGCAUACCAUCUGCUUCCUUACAGCUUUAACUCAUUUGAAUGAAAUCAAAUUUUCUUGUAAUCAUAAUAAAAGGAGUUUGCAUAUGUACCAUUGUAA